AUGGAGCGAUAUGGAGUGGUCGACGGGAGGUUUUGCUUCGAAGGCGGCUCUCACUGUGGAAAGGGUGAGGGUCUGCAUCUGCUCAUCACCGACCAGGCUCAGGACAUCACCGACUCCUUCGACCUGGCUGCCCAAGGCAAAACCUCCUUGCAGAGACCGGGCAACUCGAGAAAAAGUGGUACUGAAAAAGUAUCAAAAUCUCGACCAAAUACGCGACUUUCAGACUUGAAUACCGUGGAUCAAUCAUUACCCGACACGUCCAGCGGUUUGUAUGAAGAAAACUUCUUUGGAGACGACCGUGGGAGAGUAUCACCUUUCUGGCCUUCCGAUGAGAGGCGAGGGUAUGAUGAACAUGACAUGCGAUGUCCUAAUGACCUUGAAAUAGGGGCCAGACCACCAUGGAGUGGCGCUGAUCACAUAACAUUAGAGCGUUGCAACAACUGUCUCACAAAACUUGGAGCUAUGACUCGGUCUUCAACGGUAGCUUUCACGCCCGGCACUCACUUCAAUCCUGCUUGGACAAUGGAAUCAGUUCCUGAAAGUGGUUCUGACAACUCCUCAUAUAGUACAGAAUACUUGACGCCCAGGGCAAUAAAGAAAUCUUUAGAAGCAUGUCAAUGUCAAGAAAAACCACCUUUACGGCCACCGAAACCCACACACCUAGAACAAAAGAAGCCCCCUGCCCCUCCUCCUUCACAAGGAUGCACAUGUUCUCUAAAUGACAACUAUUUGAACAAUCCCAAAGUAGGCCCUUACGAAAAUUACGACGUGCCCAAAGCUACGCAUACAGAGGUUGACAACUCGGAAUAUUAUGAUACUCCAAAAAGAAUAAAACAAGCAUUAGCAGAUGAUUUAUUUCAAGUCACAAAUAGUUCUAGUCCUGGGUCAUUAGUUUUGAAGAAAAACUGCGGCUGUAUUCUCAAAUUUGGUUCAAGAAAAAAGCCUGUUAUAGUUGAAUGCGAAGAAAGUCUACAACCAGUCGAAUGUCCUUGUCAAAAAGUAACAAACUGGGCAAACAAUCUGAUUAGUCUUCCCUACUGCAAAAAGCCUGCAAACAGUGAAGUAAAUACCGAACUACUUACAAAUAAAAAAUCAGAAGAUAUGGCCAUCUAUGCGACGGUUGACAUGUCACGAAAAACAAACAGACAAAGCGGAUCCAUGAGUGAGAAAAAUCUAGUUUUGAGCCUACCAAAUGAAUCCGAUUAUCAAAAUUAUCAAAACGUUGAACCUAAAGAACAGAGCGAAUUUGAAGGAGCAUAUGCGAACUAUGAAAAUCUAGAAUUUGCUUUAUCACUUGAAUAUUAUGAGAAUGCCAAAGACCUUCUAAAGAAAGCUGGCGUUACUCAAACUGAACUUGACGCCUUGAGUGCUAAUGCUAAUGAAGCAAUUAAAUUACCAAAGAAAACGCGACUUUGUACAAAAUGUGGACACUCACCAAACGAACCACACAAACAUCACGAUGCUGGUAAAAAUAAAAGCGAUGAAUAUUUACUAAUGGAACCGACACCAGAGCAAGGAAUCUGUAGUCGCACAUUAGGUCCUAACCCUGGGUACACACCUAUGUCACCUAACCCUAAUUGGUCACAAAGUUUGAAACAUCCGAUGCAUAGAGUGCAACGAGUAGAAAUAGAAAAAUCUCUUAGCAUACCUGUGCUAAAUGGCUCAAAUAGAUCUCAAAACUUUAGUGCUUGCGGUUUGACUAACAGAGAGGCAAUGCAGAAGAGAUCAAGUUCUGUAGACUCAGCAAGGUUACUCGAAGACCUAAAAGAAUUCGACAGCAGCAUCGGAAGUCAUGCAACGUCGUCCUCUUUGGAAACGUUGCGUAAUUUGGCGAUAGAGAACAGAAGGACAUCAUCACCUUGUGAAAACGAGAGAGAGUGUUACGAAUGCUGUAAGUCAUCUGACUCUGAAAACAAGACGUCAGAAGAAAGCUCGACAAAAGAAGUUCCUCAUUUACGAAAUAAGCACAUGGACAAUGCUCAAAUUAAGAGAUCGUCGAGUGUUCCUUGCAAAUCUGGCGGGAAUAGAGACUCGUCAAGCUCAAACGACUCUGGUGUGUCAAGUUGUUCAAUGAAACAUGGUGCAGGCGAAUACCAUGAAUUUGAAAUGCCGUUAACAUCAGGUCAUUCACGGUACCAAUACAUGCUGCAAAGGAGGAUGAGAGGGCAUGCCGUGGGAUGUCUUCACUCCUCUUUGCCAAGAAAAUCAAAGUCCUCCGAUCCUCUAAGAGACCUCUCGAUGCAAGUGCACAAAGCGAAUGUACCAGCAAAAUCUUCUUCAGCUGAAGCAGAAGUUCCUGUGUUGCCCCCAAAGCAAUUCAAAGGUAUAAUGGAUACGCACAGCACAUCAAGUGGCACGUCUGAUAUGUCGGAUUACAUUGAAACUCUGUCGUUGACAUCGUCCCAUUCAUCCUCAGACACUCCUACGGGAUUAAGGAUGAGCCGACAACCCACCAGCACCCUUCGUCCCCGCUCUGGCAAAGAAUACCACAACCUGGACCCCAUCAUCACCUCAAUGUACAAAAACGGGAAGGAGCUAUCCAACUACACCAACCUACCUUAG